AUGGGCGGUAAUAUCUCGAGAGAUUCAGUCAAUGGACAAGUUUAUCAACAACGAUAUAACACGAAUAAUAUAAGUAAAGGGCAGAUGAAAAAACUCAAUAAAACCAAACCAGAAUGUUCACUCAGUAAAAAUGGAAAUAAUCAAGAAAAGAAAUUGAUAUCAGAAAAGCCCAAGAUAAGGCUGAUAGAUGGGAGGAUAUAUCAUUCAGUUGAAGGUAGUUCUUAUAUGUUACCCAGAGAUGAUAAAGAAAUCGAUAGGUUACAUGAAGAGCAUUUUGUCACAAAAGAAUUACUUGGAUUUAAUAUUAUGUCCGAAGCAUUAAAAGCAUUGGAUUUUCAAAACCAUGAACUUGAAGUAUUAGAUGUUUGUUGUGGCCCCGCAACCUGGUUAUGUGAGACAAGUUUAGAAUAUCCGAAUUGCCAUUUUACAGGAAUUGAUAUGUGUAGUUUAUGGCCUCAAAUCAUUCGUCCUAUCAACUUGAAUUUUACUGAAGCAAAUAUAUUACAAGGAAUUCCAUACCCUGACAAGUCAUUUGACUUUAUUCAGAUGAGGUUUGUUGUACUUGCAUUUCAAAUAAAUGAAUGGGCAUUCGUUAUAUCUGAAAUUAAAAGAGUUUUAAAAGAUGGUGGCUGUUUCCAAUGUAUCGAUAUGGAUAUGCGGAUUAUUACAUCUGAUACAAUAGCAAAAAAAUAUACAGAAGCAUUUGAAUCAUUUUGUGCGUCAUUUAAUUUGGAUGCUUCAGCAGGAGCUAAAUUGGACUUAUUAUUAACAGAAGGAGAAAAUAGUGGUAUGAGGAUUAUACAAAGCGAAUAUCGAGAAGUACCAUUAGGAUGGGGUGGGCCUAUUGGUGAUGCCUAUUUACAUCUAUUUGAAGGUCUUCUAGAUGGAAUAUCUCCUUGGUUUAAAGAAUCACUAAAUAUUACAGAUCAGCAAAACUAUCAAUUGGUCUUAAACAGAAUCAAAGAGGCGUUUAUUCAAUCAAAAUCAUUUAUAGGAUUAUACGCUUUUUUAGUUCAAAAGCCUUAUAAUGAUUGA